AUGACUGUUCAGAAGAAGUAUACCUCGUCUCAUUCGAGCUCUUAUAAUCGGCUCGUCACGGUUGCGGUUGCCUUCGGGUCCAUGACCUAUGGCUACUGCUCUUCCAUCAUUGGGAGUACUAUUGGUCAACCUGGCUGGUACCAGUAUUUUGAUCUCCCCAUGCAAGGGGAACCAGGUUAUGGAGGAAAGACCACGGAUACAAUCGCUACAGCAAACGGCCUCUACAGCGCUGGCGGGGCGGUCGGGAGUCUGUUUAUUGCGUGGUCGGCAACAGCCAUUGGUCGGAAGCGAAGUAUUCAACUCGGAGCCCUCCUUGCCAUCAUUGGAGGCGCUUUUCAGGGCGGUGCCGCGGCUAUCGCUAUGUUCCAGGUUGGUCGAGUGAUAUCGGGUCUCGGGAUUGGCAUUCUCGUUACUGCCUGUCCGAUGUAUCUGUCCGAACUUGCCCCUGUCCACAAUCGCGGAUGGCUGGUUGGUCAUCAUGCCAUCUUUUUGGUGUUCGGCUACAUGCUUGCCGGAUGGCUUGGAUAUGCCUGUUACUUUGCCACCCCUCACAACGCAUCGUUCGCCUGGAGGUUUCCCCUCUGCAUUCAGACUCUCCCACCCCUCGUUUUGCUCUUCACCUCGUUUUGGAUUCCACGGUCGCCUCGAUGGCUCCUUCAGAAAGGCAAGACUGAAGAAGCUUGGGGGGUGAUUCAACUUCUUCGACGAUCUCCGGAUGACCCUGAUGAUCUUGUGGCGAAGGAGGAGCUUUACCAGACCAAGGAGCAAAUCGCUCUUGAUGCGGCGAAAUUGAAAGCCGUGGGCUAUGGUCCGUGGAUGGCCUGUAUUAAGAAGAAGAGCUAUCGCAAGCGCAUGAUUAUUGGCUUCUUGACUCAAUGGGGUGCGGAAUUUUGCGGUCCACUUGUCAUCAACAACUACUCCGUCAUUUUGUACACCAACCUCGGACAAACAGGAGCUAUGCCGUUGCUUCUGAGUGCGGUCUGGCUAACAACUGCUGGUGUCAUAUAUAACCCAUUGGGGGCAUGGCUACAUGAUAAGGUCAACUCACGCCGAUGGAUGUACAUGAUCGGCACCGCCGGCUGUCUCGUCACCACGUCCUGUUUGUGCGCCAUGCUCGCUGAGUACGCAGGUACCAGCAACCAAGGAGGAAAUGCUGCUGGCGUGUUCUUUGUGUUUUUCUACCUCACGUUUCAGGGUACCUUCUGCGACACCACCAUGUAUUUGUAUGUCUCCGAGAUCUUCCCGACGGAGAUUCGGCCCAUCGGAAUGGGCUUCUCGUUGUUCGGCCAAUUCGCCGCUACCAUCAUUCUCCUCCAGACAGCACCCAUCGGCAUACAAAAUAUUGGGUGGAAAUACUAUUUGGUCAUCGUCUGCUGGUCCGCCGUCUACCUCCCAAUGAUCUACUUUUUCUGGCCCGAAACCGCCCGGUUGUCGCUGGAGGAAAUCUCGGCAAAAUUCGGCGACGACGUGGCGGUCCACGUCAACGAUGUCAGCGAAGAGCAGCGACGAGAGCUAGACGAGUUCCUAAAGUCCAAAGAUAUUGUUCAUUCCGAUGAAACUCCAACUCCGACAGAGAUCACAGAGAAGUCGUCAUCGAAGGUCUAA